AUGGCAGCAAUAAAUACUUCAUCGCCUCCUACCGCGGCAGCGUUGAACUACAACGAAUCGCCGAGGCCCUCUUCGAGACCGACCAGUUCUUCUCGUCGUAGCCCUGUUCGCAUACCUCAUCUCGAUGAAUCUGAAGGCCCAAGACUGCGCAACGGACCGGUCUCGCCCGUCCGCGUAAACUUUCAACAGGAUAAUUGGGUUCAGCCUUCAAACGCCGAUGUCGAAUAUACUCAGAAGCUAUCGUUGAGGGGAGAAUUAGCCGAUCGUACUCUGCUUCCAUUGCCUUCGCCCCCACAAAAUGCUCCCCCCCCUCCUCCUUCCCACGGACUGAGGUCAGAGCCAAGGAGCUUUCCAGAGUUUCAAGAUGAUUCCCGCGGGGCUGAAGGGGGCUCUGAGCCGCGGAUUGAAAGGAUAAACAUCGCCGAGCCCACCAAGACAACUCCAACGGACAGAAUUCGCAAUCAGGACCAGUACCGCAACAGUCGUGAAUCAAAUGAAACUGCUAGCAUGAACCCGCAACAAAUCUCUAUAGAAUCUUCGGCAACGACAAGCGCAAGCUCUUUAUCAGGAAUGAACGAGAAUGUUGAGGGCCAGGCGAUUGGCGAUUCCCCUGAGAGCUCCAUUAUCGAAGGAAAUGUGCUUGAGACCCAGCCUGUGCCUCUUUUUCAGUACCAUCAUCAGAAGGAUUUCCCAACAAGCGUUCCAAGUGCAGAGGCCAGGAACUCGUCAGCUUCUGAUCUCGCUGAGAGUGCCUCAAACAUCGGCCGUCAUCUUACUCCGAAUUCGGGUAGCCAUAUGAGGACUUCAUUGCCUCGGCCACCAUCUUCGUAUUCUGUCUAUUCUGAUUCACGUGGCCGCUCUCCGGGUCUUAUGCCAGCUGGUUCACGUAAAUCUCCUGAUGUCAGAAUGUCGACGUACGCCGAGUUGCUUCAUGCGCCUUAUCCUCAGCAGGCUCCGGCGCCAUUGACACCUGAUAACUCCAAUCUUCGAACUGUGAUUGGUAACAAUGCGUCUCUUCUCAGCACACAAAAGACUCUGGACAUGUAUCGUGCCAACGUCAAAAAGACAAAUGACUCUUCUAUUCAGUACUCGUUCGCUAUAUUCUUGAUUUCAACAGCCCAGGAGCAAGGCCUAGACUUUUCAGAACCUAAGGCACGCAAGAACAGCCCCAAACCUCAAAAGGGUCGCGACAGCCCAACUGCCGAAGGUUCUGUCUCAAGCCCGCAGGAACUGGUUCGUGAAGCCCGACAAAUCCUACAGCGUCUCGCCAGUGCCGGAUACCCCUUUGCGCAAUACUAUCUCGCGGAUGGGUUUGCUUCUGGACUAUUCAGUAAGGGUAAGGAGGAUUAUAAUUCGGCAUUUCCUCUGUUUGUUUUGGCUGCGAAGCACGGCCACGCUGAAUCUGGUUACCGAACCGCUCUAUGCUAUGAAUUUGGUUGGGGUUGCCGGAAAGACCCCGCCAAGGCGGUGCAAUUCUUGCGGACAGCUGCUUCGAAGCGCCAUCCUGGCGCCAUGACACGUUUGGGCAAGGCCUGUCUAUCUGGCGAUCUUGGAGAAAAGCGCUACCGAGAAGGAAUUAAGUGGAUGAAGCUAGCUGCUGAAGCGGCUGAUACUCAGUACAAUUCCGCGCCAUAUCAACUUGGUUGCUUGUAUGAGAAUGGGUAUGGUGCAGAUAUCUUCAAGGACGAUAUUCACGCUGCCGAACUCUUUACUCAGGCUGCGGAAUUAGGCCACCCUGAGGCUAAUUAUCGACUGGGUGAUGCUUAUGAGCAUGGCCUGCUUAACUGCCCUCGUGAUCCGGCUCUCAGCGUUCACUUCUAUACCGGCGCUGCGGAAAGAGGACAUGCCGGUGCCAUGAUGGGACUGUGUGCGUGGUACAUGGUCGGCGCUCCCCCGAUCCUUGAAAAGGAUGAGGAGGAGGCCUAUGAGUGGGCGCGUCGAUCAGCCGACUUAGGCUUCGUGAAGGCACAAUACGCCGUCGGCUACUUUACGGAGAUGGGCAUCGGAUGCCGACGUGACGUUUUGGAGGCUAAUGUCUGGUACGUCAAAGCUGCCGAUGCUGGUGAGGAGCGAGCCAAGCAACGGUUAGCCAUCAUCCAGGCGGCUGUCAGCGGUCAGGGUACUCCCAUGGAGGUUGCCCCUCCGCGAAACGGCAAGAUGCAGAAGAAUCCCAAGGACGACAAGGACUGCAUCGUUAUGUAA